AUGUGUCCAGGAACCUCAGAAAAGCGGCCUCAAACCAGCGAGAUUCCCUCGGAGACUCCUGACAACAGCCAUAUUCUGAGAGCGAGCGCGAAUCAGACUUUAGCGAAUAGUACCAACACGCAAGUAUUUUUGCAAACAUUAAGCAUAAAAUUAGAAGGUUCAAGGGGUUCAGAGACUGUGCGUGCCUUGAUAGACACAGGGUCUCAAAAGUCAUAUAUCCUCGCAUCCACGGCCAGCAGUUUAGGUUACGUCUCCAAAGAAAAAAUUAAUUUGAUGCAUGGUUUAUUUGGGGGAAAUCAAAUUUUGCGACAGCAUAAUUGUUAUGAUAUUUGCCUAAGACAUGACAAUUAUAAUUGCACCUUCGAAGCUUUAGAUCAAGACAUCAUCUGCACUGCGGUUUCACCUGUUUUUAAGGGCACGUGGUCGCGAGAAAUAAAACAUCGCGGUAUAAAACUCUCCGAUACCUCAGAUGAGUCACCUAUUGAGGUACUAAUUGGCGCAGAUGUCGCAGGUAGGUUGUAUACGGGCCGGAGAUUUAUAUUGACCUGUGGUUUGGUCGCAAUGGAAACUCUUUUGGGUUGGACUUUGAUGGGGAAAAUUCCGCCAGAAGAGAGUAACGCAAGGAUUAUAACAGCUUUAUCCCUUUUUAUCAGCGAUUCGUCCUUGGCUUAUUUAUGGGAAUUGGAAACUCUGGAUAUUACGGAUCCAGCAGUGCAGAGAACGCGAAAAGAGAGUGCUCUGGCAGCAAAGGAUUUCUUUUUAAAGACAGUGACAAUAAACAGCGAUUCGCGGUACGAGUUGUAUCAAGAUGGGCUAUUCGAGUCAUAUGACCAAAUUUUUAAUGAAUGGCUUGAAGAGGGUAUUAUCGAAGAAGUUUAUGACACGAACCCUACUGAGGCCCACUACCUGCCACACCGGCCGGUUAUCAAGGAGUCGAGCACGACAAAAAUAAGGCCGGUAUUCCACGCUUCCGCAAAAGAAAAGCAAAAACCCUCGCUAAAUCAGUGCUUAGAAAAAGGUUUAAACCUCAUAGAGGAACUUCCCAAUAUUUUGCUGAGGUUUAGGGCUAAUAAAAUUGGGGUAAUAUCCGACAUCAAGAAAGCCUUUUUGCAAAUUAUCAUGAAUGAAGCCGAUCGAAAUUAUCUCCGAUUUUUAUGGGUCGAUCAAGAUGGAGGCCAGAAGAUUUUUCGACACCGCAGAGUCGUCUUUAGUAUAAACAGUGGUCAAUUUUUAUUAGGGGCUACAUUAGAAUACCAUUUGAACAAAAAACUAAAAGAGACUGGAAAUUAUUCCGUAGAAACCGUCCAGCGAUUAUUAAAGGGUUUUUAUGUCGACAAUUGUGUGACGAGUCUCGAAGAUUUGAAGAGUUUAAGAAAGUUUAUCGAAGAGGCGUCUCUGAUAAUGGCUGACGGCGCUUUCGAAUUAAGAGGGUGGGAGUACACAGACCAAGUGCAACUAGAAGACAAUUAUAAAGGCACCCCGGUACUUGGUAUGACAUGGGACACUACCGAAGACACAUUAGGUGUUAAAGUUGACCUGCAGUACCCCGACGAACUGCUUAGUAGGCCGGUGACAAAAAGGUUUAUGUUGUCAUUGACUCAGAAAAUAUUUGACCCUAUAGGAUUUACCUGUCCUGCGACAUUGUACCCUAAGAUUUUACUUCAACGGACUUGGGAAAAAUCUAUAGGUUGGGAUACCCCGGUAGAGGAGGAAAUGGCAAAUAAUUUUCGAUUGUGGAUCAAAGAGCUUUUCGAUGGCUAUAAAAAUUCCAAGAUGGACGGGUGCAGGAUUUGA